UACCUAGGAGGCAGGGAUCAGAGGAAGUAGAUUCAGAGGUAAGGAGAAUUUUGGGGCUACACUUUCAAGAAAGUUGUGGUCGGGACCCAGGAGGCAUGGGUCAGAAGGAAAGGAGCACAGCAGACACCCUGCCGGAUCUGGAGGGAUGGAAGUCAGUGGCGGGUCUGCGAUGGUGGCAAACAGCAAUGGUGGACGGUUCUGGAUCUGGUAAUGAAGUCAUAGAAGGCCCCCAAAAUGCAACAGUCCUGAAGGGCUCCCAGGCUCGCUUCAACUGCACUGUCUCCCAGGGCUGGAAGCUCAUCAUGUGGGCUCUCAAUGACAUGGUGGUGCUGAGCAUCAGGCCCACGGAGCCCAUCAUCACCAGUAACCGCUUCACCUCUCAGAGGUACGACCAGGGUGGGAACUUCACCUCGGAGAUGAUCAUCCACAAUGUGGAGCCUAGUGAUUCAGGGAACAUCAGAUGCAGCCUCCAGAACAGUCGCCUGCAUGGAUCUGCUUACCUUACAGUCCAAGUUAUGGGAGAGCUGUUCAUUCCCAAUGUUAAUCUUGUAGUCGCUGAGAAUGAACCUUGUGAAGUUACUUGUCGAGCCUCGCACUGGACCCGGCUCCCGGAUAUUUCCUGGGAGCUCGAUCUCCUGGUCAGCCAUUCAAGCUAUUAUUUUGUUCCGGAGUCCAGCGACCUUCAAAGUGCAGUGAGCAUCCUGGCUCUGACCCCACAGAGCAAUGGGACUUUGACUUGCGUGGCUACCUGGAAGAGCCUGAAGGCCCGCAAGUCUGCAACUGUAAAUCUCACUGUGAUUCAGCAUCCCCAAGACACUGGAGGCGGUAUUAAUAUUCCAGGUAUAUUAUCAAGUUUACCGAGUUUUGGUUUUUCAUUGCCUACUUGGGGCAAAGUUGGACUUGGAUUAGCAGGCACCAUGCUUCUGACGCUGACGUGUGCUCUUACAAUACGCUGCUGCUGCUGCCGCCGUUGUCGUGGCUGCAACUGCUGCUGCCGUUGUUGUUUCUGCUGCAGAAGAAAAAGAGGAUUUCGUAUUCAAUUUCAAAGGAAACCUGAAAAAAAGAAGACAAACAAAGAAACUGAGACAGAAAGUGGAAAUGAAAACUCUGGCUACAAUUCAGACGAACAAAAGACCACAGAAACUGCUUCUCUCCCUCCCAAAUCCUGUGAAUCCAGUGAUCCUGAACAAAGAAACAGUAGCUGUGGCCCUCCUCAACAGGGGGUUGAUCAAUGUCCACCCAGGCCAGCAAGUCAUCCACAGGCUUCUUUUAAUCUGGCCAGUCCUGAGAAGGUCAGUAAUAGAACUGUAGUAUAGCAAAGACUUCCCCAAGCUCCACUGAGCACUUGGCUGACAUUUUACAACACGGUGAUAGCAUCCUUCCUUUCCAUCCUAAGACUGGCCUGCAGCUUUGCCAACAUUACCUGAAGAGGAGAUGUCGGAGUCAUCAGAACUGAUACUUGACAGUGAGAGAAGGAAUCGAUUUUCCCAGAUUUCAAAGUAGAAUGUGACUUUUAAGAGGUUUCAAGGUUUUUGUGAAUUCCAUGAAGUUACUAAGUAAAAGCUGCAAAUUCAUCAUAAUUUUUCUCAACACUCAACACUCCUACUUGUUAAUCCAACAAAUGGUAGAUAAAAGUCUGUAUUCUACCAUGACUUUCAAAAGUUUUUAUUAUCUUAAAGCAUAUGAAGAUGAUAUUUACAUAUAUUUAAUAUGUAGGGGUAUUAUUACAUAUUAUCAGUGAAAUACAAGUAUAAAAAUUAGGGUCAACCAGAAAUCUACAAUUGACUGUCAAAACUGAACUCAAAGUAAGAUUAAAUUCUAACGUGGAUGUGCAUGUUCCUAAAUAUCUUAUGAUUGAAUAUUUACACGAAGACAUUCAUUUUUAUCUGCCCCUUUAUCAGACCUAUUUGCAUCUCCUCAAGUGAAUUAGAUGUGGCUUAUGCUUUGCAGAGGAUGGACCUCACCUACUCUGCACACCAUGAAAAAACUGGAGAUGGGCAUUGUAGUCUUUAAUUAAUAAAAACACCAAAAAUGUGUAUUGCCUUACCUAA